AUGACUGCUGAGCACGUUGGUGAUGGCUCUGCAGCCAAUCAGUCAAAGAUCAAGAGGCUCUUGCAUGACCCUUGGACUCAGAUUGUCUUAAUUUCACUCAUUUCUUUCUGCAAUCCAGGCAUGUACAAUGCCCUCACUGGCAUGGGCGGUUCAGGUCAAGUGGACGGAACUGUUGCAGCCAACUCAAACGUGGCAACACAUGCUGCCACCGCUGGCGCUGCUUUGCUACUAGUCGGUGCAUUUUACAAGUACCUUGGCCCUCGAACAUCUCUGCUUCUAGGUGGCUGGACAUAUGCUCUCUACGCCGGAUCUCUACUCAACUUUAAUAGGACCCAAAAUGGAGCAUUUGUCAUUGCUGCUGGUGCCUUGCUUGGUAUUGGAGCAGCCUUCUUUUGGGUCGCCCAAGGCACCGUGAUGGUGACUUAUACAAACGAUGGGACUCGUGGAAGAGCAAUUGGUGUGUUCUGGGUCAUAUUCAACCUCGGAGGAGCCAUAGGCUCGCUCAUCAGCUUUGGUCUUAAUUUCCACAGCAAGUCAGGGACUGUGACUGACUCAACGUACGUCGCUUACAUUGUCGUCAUGCUCUUUGGUUGGGCUCUGUCCGCGUUGGUCUGCUCAACCGAGGCCUUAUCAUCCAAGUACCACGGCACACGCAUUGCUCGCGAAUCCAAAGCUGUCACAUGGGCCAACCUGAAGGAGUCUAUACUUCAAACCGCCAAGAUCGUUCUCAACUGGAGAAUUAUGUGCUUGUACCCCAUGUUCUUCAACGCCAACGUCUUCUACUCGUACCAGCAGAACAACGUCAAUGGGCAGACAUUCAAUUUACGAACCCGGUCUCUCAACGGUGCUCUUUAUUGGAUUGCCCAAAUGUUCGGUGGCCUCCUGAUGGGCCUCAUCCUCGACCUUGGAAGACUAAACCGCAAAGCUCGUGCUCUGACAGGCUGGACUGUGCUAUUAAUCACAGGCAUGGCGAUCUGGGGUGGCGGAUACAAGUUCCAGCUCUGGAACGACGCGCGAUUACGUGAGGGUCACAAGCAGGAUAUCGACUACACCGAUGGGCGCACGUUCUUAGGCCCCAUGUUUCUAUACUUCUUUUACGGCAUGUAUGAUUCCUUUUGGCAGUCUUACUGUUACUGGAUCAUUGGGGCACAGUCACAUAGUCCUGUCGUGAAUGCGGUAGUUGUUGGGGCGUACUCAGCACUGAAGCCAGCGGGUGGUUCUAUGGCAUGGAGAGUGAAUGCCGAGGGCUACUCUGCUAUGACGCAGUUUGCGAUGAAUUGGGGGUUAAGCAUCGGCAGUUUGGUUGUGGCUGUGCCGACGGUAUUGACGGUUGGGAAGGAACUUUUUGCAGACGAUGGUGGCUCUGUUGAGGAGCCUGUAAAUGACAAGGUGAAGGAGCUAGCUUAG